AUGGAAGAACAACAAGAAUUUGAGAAACCCAUCUUCGAAUUCCGUCCUAAGAAGCUCAGAACCUCUCGAGUUUCGAGAAAUCUCAUGAAGAAGACUGGCUUCAGAGAAUCUAUGAAUCAUUACGAAGAGCUCUCUUGCAACUACGGAUUGAGGGAAAACCCGAAGAAAACCCAGAAAUCUUUACUCGAUCAUCGAUUCUGUACGAGGAGGAGGAGAAAUAAAAAGAUCCUGAUUCGAUGCAAAGAAUGCGGGAAAGGGUUUCUUUACGAGAAAUGUCUGUUUAAUCAUCUCCAAGUGACGCAUUCUGAAGAAUCUACAAGAAGAAGCCUGUUUUGUAGGUUUAGUAUUGUGCAGAGGAGAAAAAGAUCGAAGAGAGUUUCCAGGUACAAGAAGAUUCUUCCUCGAUUCUCUGUUUCUUCUUCUUCGUGUACUAUGUUUCCUGUUUCUGUGGAUGAUGGAGGAUUAUUAGAAGUCGCUGAGUCUCUGAUUCUCUUGUCCAUGAGUGGUGGAAAGUUCGUGAAUGGUUUGGAACAUUUUGGUAAAGCUCUGGGUUCGACUCAGAGAAAAUUUGAAGACGGGUUAUUGAGAAAUGAGCAGAGACUUGUUGGUGAAGCUCUGGAUUCGAAUCCAGAGGUGAAUUUGAGAAAAGAUGGAGACUUUGAAUAUGGGCUUUUGAGUAAUGAGCAGAAGAAACUUGUGGGGAUAAGCAGAGCAUCUGUUGGAACAUCGAAAGAGCUUUCGGGUUACUUGGCAAACAAGAAGGGCAGAGAAGAUGAUGAAUUGGGUCAGCAGAAACAGGCUGGAGCAAGAAUACUUAGAGAAGAAACUGAUAACGAACAGAAACUUGUUCGUCAAGAAACUGCAUUUGAAGAUUCAGUAUCAGGAUUUGAGAUGAAUAUAGAGCAUCGGUGUGGGCUCUGUCACAAGGUUUUCUCGACUUAUCAAACUCUUGGUGGUCAUCAGACGUUCCAUAGAAUGAGAAACAAAUCCAAAAGUCAAACCAAGAGAUGCAGAGAAGAAUCGAUAGAAGCUGAAGCUGGGAUUAAUAAUGGUUCAGUGACGUUGACAAUAAGUGCAGAGUUUGCUGAAGGCUGUUUAGGUCAGUACAUGCUUUAA